AUGGGCUUUUCGUCUGUGGAAGAGAUCGAUACCCCUUUCGUUCUUCAGGACAAACAACCUGACGACAUAGCCCGGUUUUCUGCAAGUGCUCUUAUUUUUGUUAUGUGCCUCAACGGCGUACCUUCUACAUUCUUCUUGGUCUACGAGCACCGGUAUGUGAAGAUGAUGAAGUAA